AUUGAAUAUUGUAAUUGAUUGGUAGUUUUAUAGUAUGAUUGAGGUAUAAUUGUUAUUUUCCUUUGUGGGUAUUGUUUCUUGAUCAUGGUGGUUAUGAUUUUCUAACGUUUACCUAGGGCAAAAGAUAAGUUUUUUUCCCUAAAUAGCUGCUGUUUACUUUUGUGGGGUUUGCUUCUUGAUCAUGAUGCUGAUGAUUUUUACUUGUUUUUUGAAUAAUUCAUGUGUUUAUUGUGUACAUAAGAGUUUUAGUGGUGGGUUUUAUACUUUUUGUUUGAUAAUCGUGGUGUCUGGGUUAGCUUGUGUGUGCCUCAACUAGACUAAUUUCACUGAAUACCCCACCAAGGCUAAACAAUAUGGUAAGAAAGCUCCUUGUAUGUUUUUUCUGGGACUUGAAGGAUUCAUUGACUAGGCUACACCCUUGGGUGUUGGGUUUUAUACUUUUAAUAUUUUGUGCUUUAUUUUUUUAAUAGAAUGUAUAGAGAUAUCUUCUGUAUGUGAAAUUAUAGGGAUUUAGUAUGAAGGUAAAGUAGCUUGCUUUCUUUGAUGAAUUAUUUCAUGGUUUUGGAAUGCUUUUGUUGGAAAUUUGGUAUGAGUUUUAGUUUGGGUAAUAAGGAAGCUCUUAAAACCCUUUGUUUGAUUUUUGCUGUCCAAAAGGGCUUUGGAAUCUUUAUAGCUUCUGAUAUUCCAUCGUGUCCAUUUGUAGACCAAAAAUUCAUCUAAAAUACAUGAAAUAGAUGUUACAAAAAAGUUAUACCUAUCCAAGUCUUUUAAGAAGUUCUGAGUUUUGUAAGGCGAAGUCAUUAGAAAGGUACUCUAUUAAGGAACCCCUAGGAUGCACUUUUCUGCUAUCAUGAUCUCAUAUAAAAAGUUCCAUCCUUGUCUUCUAUGCAAUUGUCUAAAUAAUCUAUUUUUCUAACGGACUUGUGAAAUGAUGGCUGAAGGAUUCUGACUGUUGGAAACUGGGGAGGGGUAACUGGUGAGCAUAUAAAAAUGACUUCUUUUUGUUAAAGGUAGAAGAUUUCAGCCUUAUUUAUGUACUUCUGUUUGAUUAGUUCGAUGUCUAUAAAGAUGGUAGUAGUUGGGAUUAUCCUACUAUAAGAACGCUUAUCCUAUCUCCAUCACCACAGAAAUAAAAGAAAUGUUACAAGUAGAUGAAGCUUGUGCUAUUUGUACGCUAAUUUAAAGCAUUUGAUUUAGUUUCAGGUUUUGGUUUGAAAGAAUUUCUUUUGUGCUGUUAAAAUUCAAGUAGAUGGUAAAUGUAAUUGGCUAGAAAUAGAACAACUACCCAAGCAAGUUAGGGCUGGCUAUAUGGAUCCUCGUUGUCCAUUUAAGCUCAAUAUUCUAUAUUUUGAGGAUUGAACAAAAGUUGAUUAGUUCUGCGGUGGCUAUUGACCUAUCUUAGAGUUCCUCCUAUAUCUGGGCUUAGGACCACCAAUGUGAGCAAGCUCACACCGGGAAUUAAUUUUGCUGAUAGUUUGCUCUAUCAUCUAUGAGUGCAAGGUGAAAACUUUGUUAUGGGUAAUGAUAUUGAUUUGUAUCUCGUUUAUGUUGAGGCAUUAAUUAUACAUUAGCGGGGUGAUUUACAGAGGGUGACAUGCAUUGUUUUGAUUGAUUGUAGUUGGUGAAUGAUCCUGCUCAACAGAAUUUUGUAAUUUAUGCAGCUCAUACAAGUUCUAAUAGGGAAGCAUCUUAUAAAUUCUGCAGUUGAAAGCUAUAUCAUAUUGCAGCACUAUAUUCGUUGAAUCCUUGGAAAGUUGUCAAAGUGUUAUGCGAUGGAUUUGAAAGGUAUAGCAUGGGUUGGAGAUAUAUACCAGAAAUUUGAAGCGAUGUGUUUGGAGAUGGAAGAUGCUAUGUACCAGGAUACCGCUAGAUAUGUUGAGAAUCAAGUGCAGACUGUUGGUGCAAGUGUCAAGAGGUUCUAUUCAGAUGUGGUGCUAGAUCUGCAUCCUCAAUUUAACAUAGAUCCCGUGAAAGUUGCAGCUGCUGACUUGUCUCUUAAUCCUUAUGCGCACACUGAAAUCAGCAAGAAGCUGAAAGCACAACUUAAAGGAGGCCACCCUAGGGUAAUUAAUAAGGAAUUAAUUGAUGAUACUCAAGUGAUUAAGGGGAAAAGCAAAAGUGGAGGAGUUUAUAGACGUCAAAGUGUUGGGAUGAAAGAAAUUGUUAGAGAUAAUCAUCCACCAUCUAAGAAGUCGGACGCUCUCUGUCUCGUAUCAGGGAAUACAAUUAAAUUGUCCUCAGAUUCUAAGGUUAGGGGAGGUUUUGAAGUGGCAUCCGACCACAUGACCAUGACUUCGCCCUUGGCCUCAGUUAAAGGACUUAAGUCUACCGAGACAGGAAAGGAGGUUUCCAACCAUAUUAUAAAAACAGAGGUGCCUGCAGCAGGUAUAUCAAUUAAUAUUGCAGCGUCUGACACGAGCUUAUCAGUUGACUGUGUUGGGCAGAACCAAGCAGAUCUCAGGAACACUUUCUCUGUUGGUGACUUGCAAUCAGACUCUCAUGUAGAUAGGGGUACACGCAAGGAGUUGGCUGGUGAUACUGGACUAAAGAUUAGCAGUAAUACUGGUGACAAUAAUAUUGCCAGCAAGGAGGUCAAUAAUAUUGCAAAGAUUAGCAGUAAUACCGAUGACAAUAAUAUUGCCGGUGAGGAGAUCAAAGAGUCCUGCAAAGCAAGAUCAGAUAAAUCUUGUUCUCCUCCACCUGACAAGUAUGACUUGAUCGAGUCCGAUGUGGAAAUUGUUGAGCGCUAUGAUGAACCAAAGUUAGAGGAAACAUGUGUCCUGGUUGAAGCGGAGAAACUUCAUGUUCCACAAGGAUCAGUCAAACGGAAAUCAUACAAGAAGAAGCUCAGGCAAGUGUUUUCUAUGAAAAAGAAGUCGACGAGAACAGAGUAUGAGCAGCUUGGAGCAUUAUAUGGAGAUCAACAGCCGAACCUACAGCCUGAAGAAAAGCAGAUGCAGGUUCUCUCCAAAAACUCAAACCCGAAAAAAUUGUCAUCAGCUGAUGAUCAUUCUGAAUCUGAGUGGGAACUUCUCUAGAUAUGACGCAUUACAACAACAUAACCAAUGUAAUUCCACCCGUGGAGUCUGAGCUAAGAUAUGAUGCUAUUAAAAUUGUAAUGUUGCUUUUGCCAAUCAAUAGAUGGCUUUGUACAUAAAACUAAAAUUGAAAGAAGAAGCACCUGCUGUUUUAUAAUAAGCCAGUUACCUUUUAUUUA